UAUAUCUGAAAGCUGCUUAACUUCUAUGCAAACAUUAAACAACUAAGAAUGCAUAUUUCAUCCUACGUGUUAAUACUAAUUUUUUCUCUCUUUUCUCAAGGUUUUUUACUUUCAAUUUCGAAGUCCAUGCGAAAGGUAGAUGAUGAUGAUAUGAUACUAAAUGCGCUCAAUAUAGGAGAAGCUCUUUGGAAUGGAGGUAAAACAGAGAAGACAGAGACUACACCUACUCUUGCGCACUACAAGAUGGAGGACAGCAGCUUUCUGGAUGAAGAGGAAGACAGAAACCCAAAAUUCUUAAAUAUAGGUUCCAAACACAAUUUCAUAAGCCAUGGUUCGCCACUGAACCUAGGUAUAAAACAGCUACCUUAUCUUGCAUUGAAAGGAUCUAUGGCUUUUCCAGCUGACACUGAAAUUCAGACUAUUGAAUCAAUACAGGAAAGGAGAGAGACUGGAGAUGAAGAAAACUCAGCUAAAUUUCCUAUAGGAAGGAGAGAUUUUGACAUGCUCAGGUGUAUGUUGGGAAGAGUCUAUCGACCUUGUUGGCAAGUUUGAAAACUGUUGGCCUCCUCUCUAAAGAAGCAUUGGUUGCCAGUUUAAUAAAACUUGGAGUUACUGUGCUUUUGGUAUUGCUAUAUAUGUACAUCUAAAUACUACUAUCUGUAUUUCAAAAUAGAGGGAAACAUGAUUGACAUUUUCACUAGAUAACCUAGUUGUAAUAGUUAUGAUGUAUUGUUAUUGAAACUGACAAUUCUGCAAAUCAAAGACUUGUCACUAUAUUUGUCUAAUGAAUAAUAUAUGUAACCUACUUUAACAUCAUAUAUUUGGACACUAUGAAGCCAAAAUGUGUUAAUACACCUGUUAUCUUGUUCUUUCAAAAUGUACAAUGUUUAUUAUGGAAUAGUAAAUUUACUAUAUACAUC